GGAGAAGGAUUAACCACGACAUCGUGAUGGAGGAGGUUGCUGGAAGUUCGGAACCCCAGGCAGAGCCUGAGGCCGAGGAACCGGAAAAGGUCUAUGGGAAACCUAGGGAAGAGGAGCCUGCCGACAAAGUUACCGCUGCCAAGAAGAAGUUUAGGUACCAAAUCUCGAUCUUAUCCUUGCCAGAAAUCGACGACACCAUUAGCAAGUUACUCGGAACCAUGGUGUCGGUGUCUUUUCAGACUAUGCUGCAGGCUAGCCCUAAGUUGCUCAAAGGGCUUAGACAACUGUUGACCCGGUGGCGAGUAGAAAUAGGCGACAACCCCGAAUUACCAGAAGGGGAGAGGGAGGAGGAAGUUCCGCGAGAAGUGGCUAACCUGCAGAGGAGUCGCGGGGACUUGGAGGAUCUCGAGAAUGCCUUUGCAGACAUCCGCGCGCAGGAGAAGGACGAGACGGAAGUCCAGCCAGGGAUCCGACGUUUUGUGUGGGACUACCUGCAGGACAUCAAGGAUCUACUCCGCCGGUUCCUAGUAUACAACAUCACGGCUAGUGGACCGAAAAGUAUUCUAGCUGUACCUGAGGUAAUUAUAUUAGGAUUUCGUUGCGGUGCUUACGGCAGGAAGCUGGAUCCGGCCAAAAUCGACAAGAUAUCACAAUGGCCGACACCGUUGCGCACGACAACGGAGGUAAGGGCAUUCCUAGGCGUAGUCGGCUUUUGGAGGAUCUUCAUUAAGAACUUUGCCAAGAUUGCUGAGCCUAUCCCGACUAUGAUCAGGGAAGAAGGAACCAUGGAUUGGACAGAGGAGCGAGAAGAAGCUGUCCAAAGGCUCAAGGACAUUUUGACAUCUGAGACAGUCGCCCUGUCCGCGCCUUGUUUUAAUGACGAAGUGGGACGACCCUUCAUCAUGGAGACGGAUGGAGGACUUUUAGUCGUAGGAGGUGUGUUGAUCCAAAGGGAUGAGGGAGGAAAAGAGAGGCCGAUUAGGUUCGAAAGUAGAACCCUGAACUCCGCAGAACGGCGGUACUCGCAAUUCAAGAAGGAAGUCCUAGUCAUCCUGCAUUGCCUAAAGACCUUCCAGGCCUACCUAUUUGGGAGGCGGUUCAUCUUAAGGAUCGACCCGACGAAUAUCCCAGGGGCCCUAAAGAAUUACAUGCCUAUAGAUCCGAUGGUAGGGAGAUGGGUAGGAUUCAUCUGGCAGUUCGAUUACAAGAUCGAACGGAUUGCUGGAAUCCGCAACAAGGCAGAUGGGCUGAGUCGGGUUUGCAUCACUCCCGAAGGGAUGGAGGAUGCAGAGCCCAUAAACGUCUUCCUCGAAUACGAAGGAGGAACUCUUGCGGUGGACAACGAGAUGAUGAGCGGAGAAUGCACAUCAGGAGAACUACGAAUCCAAACUUUGGAGAAAGGGGCACCUGCCGUAGUAGCAGAACUUAGAGAAGGACCAGUUACCACUCGAGGACGCAGAGAAGAAAAUGACUCAUGGGGAGCGAUAGUAGGACCGAAAGAGGAUCUGAUAGCGAUGGCGGUCGAAGGGGGCCGGGAGGCAGUGAUGCGUUUAGUGGAAUCUUGGGAAAGGAAAGUGUUGCAACGGGUGGUAAAUCCGAUUCAGGAAGGAAAGGAUGGGGGCAAGGGAGGAGAGGAGUUUUUCUAUAUCCAAUCAUACGAAGGACUCUUUCGGGAGAUCGGGUUGUUGUUGGUAGGAAACAAACAACCUACGGAAGUCAGUAUUAAGGCAAGAGAAGAAGCCGAAAGGUCCGUCCUAAGGGGCGGGCAUUUGUUCCGGAGGGAGGAAGGUGCUAUGCCUAGAAGGGUUGUGUGCGGAAGGUCUAGGCAAGUAAAUGUUAUCCAGGCAAUGCACGACGGGUUAACUGGAGGUCAUUGGUCUUCCAAAGGAACACUUGCAAAGAUAACACCGCUCUAUUAUUGGCCAGGCAUGGCAGGCAUGGUCGCCAUAUACUGCCAGACUUGCCUCAUUUGCCAAGAACGAAGCUCGGUACGAGUCUUCGAGCCGCUUAGACCAAUGCGGGUGCUAGGGCCGGGACAUCUGGUCCACCUCGACCUUGCGGUUAUGCCUGUAUCAACGGAUGGGUACAGGUAUAUCCUGGAUGCGCGAGACAACUUGAGUGGGUUCGUGGCGGCAGUCGCCCUCAAGAAAAAGACAGGGAGGAGUGUGGCGAACUGGAUAGAAGACUUCUACUUAAGGCACCCGUUCAUCAGGAGGUUUAUAGUAAACAAUGGGACGGAAUUUGUGAACCAAGAAGUAUUGGGGAUGCUUAAGAGACUCUGCGUACCGAUCAAACUCAUCGAGCCGUAUCACCCUGAGGCCAAUGCACCGGUGGAAAGGGGGCACCGAACCUUGAAGAACACGAUUGCAAAGCUCGCAGCAGACCAUCUGGGGAACUGACCUAGGUAUCUUAAGCAGACUGUCUUUGCAGAGAAUAUGACUCGUAAAAGGAUAACAGGAUGUAUCCUGGCAGAGCU